AUGCGUCUGUCCUUCAUCAUCUUUGCCAUCUCCCUUCUCGCAGGCGGUAGCGGAGCAGCUGAGGCCCUCCACCCUGCGUCGGAUGUCUUGACAUUGCGAGGUACAAACCAAGGCGCAAGCACCGGCAAGAGAUCGUUGCGCUACGACAAUAACGCGGAGCGCGCUGGCGAGGAGGACGAUGAAGAAAGGGCUUUCCCAGGUGCAGAGGAGCUUUCUAGGCUCGCGAACCUAGCCCAUACGAGCAAGGCUGAUUCUCUUGGGACAUCGCUGAAGAAUUUUUUUAAGCAACUAGAUAAAGCUAACGUCAACCCGUCCAACAUUCAUAAGUACGGCUUCUCAGGCGAAGAAUUCGAUCAACUCCGUAAACGGUUCGGAACGUGGUACAGACACUACAAGGACAUUGAGUAG